AUGCAUAUCGUGACUGUAGCUGUGACUGCGAUUGCUUCACAUCCAUCGGGGCUCGUCACUGGCACUGUCGAGAGUGUGCCAGGGGCAGUCAGUGCACAAGAAGCCGUUUCUAAACCGACCACGGAGAGCAUCAGCACCGAGAUAGUAGUGACCGAAACUUUCAUUGUGAUAGGUCAACAAUUGAAGCUUUGGUUAAUCCUGAAGCUGUAUAACGUCAAAAGAGAGCAGAGCAGAGCGCACGACGAGGAUGAAGUGUGCGGAAGAAAUCACGUCCCGACUACUUUGAUCCAAGACCCCGAAAGACAUGUCCAUGGCCCGGCACUACAGGGGACUUUUGAAGCUGCCAGAAAUACUGUGGCUUUCGAAUAA